CGCUAACGGUACAAUAUUGUUCAUUCGUUCUUGGUGCACUCAACCGUGUAGACGUCGAGCUCCGAGUUUUUCGCCGCUUAGGUACUAAGAUGGGCAAAUCGAAAAGAAAGAGAAGUAGAUCUCGUGAUAGAUCUUUAAGCAAGGAGAAUAGGGAGUUGCGACGGAAAUUGAGAAAUCUUGAAAGAGACAGAGACCGUUCUCCGUGGGAGACGCGCUCAGGUAGUGAAACACCCGCAUACCACGUCUCUAGGAGUCGAGAACGUGAAGGCCGACUUUCGCGUAAAGCGGAUUCACGAUUGUUACGCGUGCCCGAUCUUAUUUAUAGUGAAGGUCGCCCUUCAAGUAAGGCGACUUCACUGUUAUCAUUUGAAAAUAGAACCAGAAGUCGCAGUCGCAGCCCCAGCUUGCCUGUUUCUUUACACAGUCGUUACAGACGCACAAGUACAGACAGCCGUCAUCGAAAUGAUGAGGAGUCGGGCCGUUAUCUGCUUGAUACGGCGUCAAUGACCAGGGCAGGACCGGUUCAGGAAGAGGGGCUUGAAAAUAUUAAGGCGGAUGACUCGCCAAUUUUAAUUCUCCAUGAGGACGAGGAAAUUUCCGAAGAGAUAAGGCAUAUUUUGGGACCCGAUCCCAAUAAACAGAAAAAAUGCAAGUUUAAUCUCCAUGUUGCCGUAGAGCCGAUAUGGUCACAUACCUUAGCUUACGGUCUCCCUAAGGAGGAAAACGAUCAACUCUUCGGAAAAUAUGAGUUACCGGAGAAUUGUAAACUGUUAUCUCCACCUAAAAUUAACCCUGAAAUCGGUGCUAGCAUGAACACUCUUCAUUCAGCCAGGGAUGAGACGCAUUUAAAUUACCAAAUACAGCUCGGUAAAGUUUUAGCUUCCCUGGGACACUCAAUAAACGUUAUUUUAGAAGAGGACACGAGCAUCCCGAAACAGGUAAGGGAAAAAAUUUUGGCAAGCACUGCAGACUCUGGACGCAUGUUAUGCAAAAUAAUAAAUGAAAUGUCGAAUAAACGUCGUCAGUUUAUCCUUCCCCUGAUAAACAAACAACUUAAAAACUUGCUGGAAAAUGUUCCACCCGGAGAGUUUUUGUUCGGCUCAGAGUUGAGCGAAAAAAUCCAAACGUUAAAAACCCUGGAAAAAGUGGGAAGAGAUAUACGACCAAUCCAACAGACGAACCAUUCUCGCUCCCAACCCAGCUACUCAGGCGAGUUACUGAGAAGGAGGGGAGGGGGGACAGGUAAACCUCAUACCAUAACAAGUGGCCAUCAGUUAAACAGAGGACGCCCGGCUCAUCAAAGGAGGGAGAUGAAGUCACUAAGGGGGCGACCCUCACACUCACAAAGACCCACAGUUCACCGACGACGCUAGCGCUAAAUACGUUUC